ACAGAUCCUUAAUUUGUUGAACAAUUAAAGCUCAACAGACAUGGCUUCACGUGCAUUCUCAUAUCUCCAUCUCUUCAUCACGAUCAUGGUUUCUCUUUCUCUGGCAAGCAUAGCUUAUUCUGCAACUCUUUCCCCUACUUUCUAUGACAAAGUAUGUCCCAAGGCUUUGUCCACCAUUAAGGGAGUGGUGGAAGAUGCAGUUAACAAAGAGAGUCGCAUGGGAGCUUCCUUGCUACGCGUCCAUUUCCAUGACUGCUUCGUCAAUGGCUGUGAUGCUUCAGUCCUUCUAGACAACUCGGCUAACAUUGAUAGUGAAAAGAACGCCAAACCCAAUUUUAAUUCCACAAGAGGAUUUGAAGUUAUUGACAAGAUUAAAUCUAAGGUUGACAAGGUCUGUGGAUGCUCCGUUGUAUCAUGUGCCGAUAUCUUGGCUGUUGUUGCCCGGGACUCUGUCGUUGCGCUCGGGGGCCCAACAUGGGAGGUGCAACUUGGGAGGAGAGACUCUACUAAGGCAUACCGGACAGAAGCAGAUAGUGACAUCCCUUCACCAAAUAUGGACCUCUCUGCUCUCAUAAAAAACUUCAAGAAACAAGGGCUAGACACUCAAGAUUUGGUUGCACUCUCUGGAGCACACACCAUUGGUUCUGCAAAGUGUGGGGUCUUCAAGAACCAUAUCUACAAUGACACCAACAUCGAUCCCAGCUUUGCCCGUGCACGAAAGUCGACUUGCCCCCGCUCCGGUGGUGACGAUAACCGUGCUCCUUUAGACCCUACAACUUCAAAAUUUGAUACACAGUAUUUCUCAAACUUGUUGAAGAGAAGGGGGCUUCUACACUCAGACCAGGCACUAUAUAGUGGUGGCUCUGGUAGUACUGAUGCACUGGUGAAGAAGUAUUGGUCUGAUACUGAGACUUUCUAUGCUGAUUUUGCCGAGUCUAUGAUUAAGAUGGGGAACAUUGACCCUUUGACCGGAAAGAAGGGCCAAAUUAGGGUGAACUGUAGGAAAGUGAAUUAA